CAAAAUCAUCAUAAAUGUAAAUUUCAAAAAACAAGAAGAAAAUCAAACAAUUGAAAAAUGUGAUGAACCCAAGAAGGAUGUGAAACUUAACAAAAGUAAUACGAUCGAAACAAUGAGUCCAGAACUUUCACAUUCUGAUGAUUCAUUGUUGGGAAAAUUAAGCGAUGAUUCCAUUUCAUCGCCAAUAAAUUUCCAUUUUGACGAUGACAAAUCUAAAACUACUUUAUCAUCUUCGGAUUUGAAAAACGUAUUCUCCGAUGAACUUAAAUUCUUACCAAAGAUAAUACCUAACAGUGAGAAAAACAAUCAAACAUCGGCUUCGGUUAUCACAAAAAAUGUCGAAAAUAGAAUAGGAAACUUAUCAGAUUUCGACGAUAAUGAUAUUUUCCUCAAUGAUGAUUCAUUUUUGCCUACACCCACUCAAGACGAAUCUCAAUCACCAGUGUUGAUGACCAACACCGUAACACGAUCAAAACAAUCAUCAACAUCGGCAAUCAAAUCAACUGGUGAAUUUCAAUCGGCUAAAACUUUUGAAACGAAUCUUGACAUGGCCAAAGAUAGUGACUUUUACGAUCCAGAGUUGCCUUUACAAAGUCCUGAUCAUUCUGAUCAUUCGAAAAGUCCAAAUAUGGAAAAGAUAAGCUUUGAAUCUACUUUAAAAAGUUCACUUUUGUCAAUUUCGAAAGAUUCUAUUGAAUCUUCCAGUCGAUCAAAUGUUGCUGCAAAAUUAGCUUCACUAAGCAAUUUUACUCAAAUUCUAGAAUAUGCCCAGACUUUAAAACAACAAAAUCAUAAUUCUUCGAAUAGCAAGACUGGUAAUAUAAGCGGGAAAUCGCAAUUAAAAGGAGCCUCAUCGACGCUCAAAGAAAAGACAACCAAUCAUGAUAUCAUUGAAAUCGUCGAUAUGGAUGUAGUUUCUCCAAAUAGUUUAUCUCCAAUCGAAUCUCAGACACAAUCUAAUCAUUCAUCAUCAUUGGCCAACGUGAAAGAAAUUUGGGAUCAAAUCCUAAAAACAAAUUCAUCAAGACUUCAAUCGAAUAGCAAUUCCAAUAUCAAAUCUAACGGUAAUGCUAAAAGUAAACAUUCGAAACAACCGAAAGGUAAAUUUUCCGAUGGACAGCCAACCUCUGCUGUUGAUAUGGUGAUAAAAGAAAAGUUUUUGAAAAAAUUAAACCGUCAAGAACGAGUGAUCGAAGAAGUAAAACUAGCAUUGAAACCAUAUUAUCAGAAAAAGAAAAUCAACAAAGAUGAAUAUAAAAAUAUAUUACGUAAAGCUGUUCCAAAGAUUUGUCAUAGCAAAAGUGGUGAAAUUAAUCCAUCAAAAAUCAAUAAAUUGGUCGAAGCAUAUAUCAAACAUUUUAGACAUAUAAGGAAAAAAUCUUGAUAUGAAUUUUUUGAAUAUGAAUUUGAUUGAU